CUCAAACCCAACCUCUAAAACAAAAAAUAUCGUCGAUCAAAGCUCUGGAGCCUCUGUUCGUCCGAUCAAUUCGGUAAACAAGUGGAUAAAUUGAGUUUAUUGGUACAACUAAGCUGAGUUAGCAAUCGGGAUUUUGGUUUUUGAGGGUUUGGAGUUCUGAUUCUAGGGUUUAGGGUUUUUGGCGAGUGAUGGAUGAUCUCGAAAAGGCGAUUCUCAUAAGCUUCGAUGAAUCCGGCACAAUUGAAUCGCUGAUGAAAUUGCAAGCAGCUGCCUUUAUCCAGCAAGUUAAAGACGAACCUUCAAUCAGUAGCAUUUGCAUAGAGAAGUUUUGUGUGUCGAGCUUAGUGGAGGUUAAGUUUUGGUGCUUGCAGUGCCUCCAUGAGAUUCUUCGAGUUAGGUACUCGUCAAUGUCGCCGGAGGAGAAGGGUGUGAUUCGGAAAUCCGUGUUUUCGAUUGCGUGUGGCGAGCCUGUCCACGCGAGUGAUGCUAAUUCGGCGAGGAUUUUCGAGAGCCCGUCGUUUGUUAAGAAUAAGCUUGCUCAGGUUAUUGUAACGUUGAUUAGUUUUGAGUAUCCGGAAAUGUGGUCGUCUGUUUUUGUUGAUUUCUUGAAUAAAUUGGGUAAGGGAGCUGCUGUGAUUGAUAUGUUUUGUCGGGUUUUGAAUGUGAUGGAUGAUGAGUUGAUUAGCUUGGAUUAUCCGCGUAGUGGGGAGGAUGUGACUGUGGCGGGGAGGAUUAAGGAUGCGAUGCGAGUGCAGUGCGUGCCUCAGAUGGUUAGAGCGUGGUAUGACAUUGUUUCGAUGUAUAAGGAUUCAAACCCUGAUUUGUGUUCUAGUGUUCUGGAGUCAAUGAGGAAGUAUGUUUCGUGGAUGGACAUAGGGUUGAUAGCGAAUGAUGCGUUCACGAAGUUGCUGUUUGAGCUUAUGUUGGCGGAGGGGUUACCGGAUCAGCUUCGAGCUGCUGCAUCUGGCGCUGUUCUGGCAGUGGUGUCGAAAAGGAUGGAGUUUAAGUCAAAGCUUGCUCUUUUGCAAAGCAUUCAGAUAUCUAGUGUUUUUAGGUUGGUUACAGAUGAUAGUGGCUCGGAGUUGGUGUCUGGUGUGGCUGCGUUGCUCACGGGCUAUGCAGUUGAAGUUCUGGAAUGUUCGAAGCACUUGAAGCCGGAGGAUGGUAGGGAGGUUUCAGUAGAGCUUCUGAAUGAGGUUUUGCCAUCAGUUUUCACUAUCAUCCAGAACGGUGAAGUUGAUUCGACAUUCAGCAUUGUGCAGUUUCUCUCAGUGUAUGUUGGCACAAUGAAAAACCAUUCCACAUUGACAGACAGGCAGCUGCUUCAUUUGAGCCAAAUAUUGGAAGUGAUCCGCGUGCAGAUCCAGUUUGAUCCCAUGUAUCGAAAUAAUCUGGAUAUAUUGGACAAGAUUGGGCAGCAAGAAGCAGAUAGUAUGGCAGAGUUUCGGAAGGAUUUAUUUGUUUUACUCCGUAGUGUAGGUCGUGUUGCACCAGAUCUGACUCAGGUAUUCAUAAAAAACUCAUUAGGAAAUUCUGUGUCAUCAUCAGAAGAUAGAAAUGUCGAGGAAGUUGAGGCGUCUCUUUCCUUAUUUUAUGAGCUUGGCGAAUCACUAAAUGUUGAUGCUAUGAGGACUGGUAGUGGCCUACUUGGUGAACUGAUACCGAUGCUGUUAUCAACGCGAUUUCCUUGCCACUCCAAUAGACUUGUUGCGCAUGUUUAUUUGGAUACAAUAACAAGAUACAUGAAGUUUGUAGCAGAGAAUACACAAUAUAUUCCAGUUGCGCUGCAGGCCUUUCUUGAUGAGAGAGGUAUACACCAUCCAAAUGUCAACGUCAGCAGAAGGGCGAGCUAUCUCUUCAUGAGGGUUGUGAAAUUGCUAAAAGCAAAGCUUGUGCCUUACAUUGAGACGAUCUUGCAGAGCCUACAGGAUACAGUUGCCCAGUUUACAAGAAUGGGCAGGGUCUCAAACGAUGUUUCAGUAUCUGAAGAUGGAAGCCACAUUUUCGAGGCAAUUGGCUUGUUAAUUGGGAUGGAAGAUGUACCCCGUGAGAAACAAUCUGAUUAUCUCUCUUCACUGCUGACGCCUCUUUGCCAGCAGGUUGAGCUGGCCAUCUCAAAUGCUAAGCCUCAAAAUCCUGAAGAGUCUCUUUUGCAGAUCGAAAAUAUGCAGCAAAUAGUUAUGGCUAUUAAUGCUCUUAGCAAGGGCUUCAGUCAGCGUCUGGUAACUACCAGCCGCCCUGGAAUUGGUCUCAUGUUUAAAAAGACUUUGGACAUACUCCUGCAAAUCCUUGUUGUCUUCCCGAAGGUAGAACCCUUGCGAAGUAAGGUUACAUCUUUCAUUCAUCGUAUGGUGGAGACUCUAGGACCUUCCAUAUUUCCUUGUCUUCCGAAUGCACUGGGCCAGUUGUUAAUUAAUAGUGAGCCAAAGGAAUUGGUGGGUUUUCUUGUACUGCUUAAUCAGCUCAUCUGCAAAUUUGGUACUGAAGUCCGUGACAUCUUGGAAUCUGUCUACCCUGUUAUUGCUAGUAGGGCAUUCAGUAUUCUCCCAGCGAAUGAUAUUCCAUCAGGGCCGGGCAGCUGUGGUGAGGAAAUUCGCGAAAUGCAAGAGCUUCAGAAAACAUUCUUUGUAUUUCUGAAUGUUAUUGCUACACAUGAGCUAUCAUCAGUCUUCCUAUCCCCUAAAAGUACUCCGCACCUGGAUUUGAUGAUGCAGUUGCUGUUAUAUAAUUGUUGUAAUCAUAAGGAUAUCAUUGUUAGAAAGGCAUGUGUUCAAGUGUUCAUUAGGCUAAUCAAGGAUUGGUGCGCCGGUCCUUACGGAAAAGAGACGUUGCCUGGUUUCCAGAGGUUCAUAAUCGAGACAUUUGCAGUCAAUUGCUGUCUCUACAGUGUGCUGGAUAAAUCCUUUGAGUUUCGCGAUGCAAAUACUAUCCUCUUGUUUGGUGAAAUAGUAACAGCCCAAAAGGUCAUGUAUGAGAAAUUAGGCAAUGAUUUUCUCCUUCAUUUUGUAUCAAAGUGUUUUCCGAGUAUUCAUUGCCCUCAAGACUUGGCAGAGCAGUAUUGUCAAAAGCUGCAGGGCAACGACGUCAAGGCACUGAAGUCCUUCUACCAGUCCCUCGUAGAAAGGUUGAGACCACUACAAAAUGGCAGCUUGGUUUCCAGAUAACAGAACGUCCCGCUCCAUGUAAUACUAAACAUCCUAAUGUUACAGCUGCUGCUCUUCGAUAUCUAUCCCUAAAAAGAAACUUGCAGGUCUCUUUUCGUGUAAAUAUCAUUCGUUUGUUAUUCCCAAUUUUGUUUCGUUCGCAUCAUUUGGGAGAGAGUAUCAGCAACCAACGCGCCCAAGAUGAUGACUCUGGACCUCAGUUUCUACGUUCCAUAUAUCAAGGAAAUGGUAGAUUCUGUUUUUAAAACGCUACAUUCCCGUUAUUUCCAUCCCCCGCCCUCCUCAGGCGGGUUUAGUGUGAAAAAUUAGCAGAUUUUGUUUUCGUUAACUAUUUCCUACCUUCAUUCCAUUCAUUCAUUUUAUAUGAAGCGAUUGCAUACAUAAUCGAGUCGAGCUGCUUCCACUACACUCAGCUUCA